AUGCUGAAAACAGCGGCCCAGAAUGCUGAGGUGAUGUCGUCACUGUCGUUAUCAACAUCCCCGAAAUCUCCCGGUCCAAAAUCUCCCUCUCAGACUUCUUUUCUGCUGUCGGAACACCAUCACGUCAAGGCACCAGGAGGGGGGAAGUCGGCCUCUGCUGGUGGCCUUGCGGUUAGGCAUGUGAGGCGCACGCACUCUGGGAAACUUAUCAGAGUUAAGAAGGAUGGCGCUGGUGGUAAGGGCACCUGGGGAAAACUGCUAGAUACUGCUGGUGAAUCUCGUAUUGACCGGAAUGAUCCCAACUACGACAGUUGCGAGGAGCCAUAUGAUCUUGUUGGAUCUAUUGUCUCUGAUCCAUUGGAUGAAUACAAGAAAGCUGUGGUAUCCAUUAUUGAGGAAUACUUCAACACCAGUGAUGUGGAAGUUGCUGCUUCUGAUCUCAAAGAACUAGGAUCGACUGAGUAUCAUCCUUACUUUAUUAAGCGGCUUGUUUCUAUGGCCAUGGACAGACAUGACAAAGAGAAGGAAAUGGCUUCAGUUUUGCUCUCAGCUCUUUAUGCUAAAGUCAUCAGUUCGACCCAGAUAAGCCAGGGUUUUUUUAUGCUUCUUGAAUCUACUGAUGACCUGGCUGUGGAUAUAUUGGAUGCUGUUGAUAUCCUUGCUUUGUUCAUUGCUCGGGCAGUGGUUGAUGAUAUUCUACCACCAUCCUUCAUUACGAAGGCCAGAAAAAUGAUUCCUGAAGCUUCAAAGGGAUUUGAGGUAUUGCAAACUGCUGAGAAAAGCUAUCUUUCAGCUCCACAUCAUGCAGAACUUGUGGAGAGGCGUUGGGGUGGCAGUACGCAUCUUACUGUUAACGAAGUGAAGAAGAAGAUUGCAGAUCUUUUAAGUGAGUAUGUCGAGAGUGGAGAUACUUCUGAGGCCAGCAGGUGUAUUAGGCAGUUGGGCGUUUCAUUUUUCCAUCAUGACGUUGUGAAGAGAGCUUUGGUUCUAGCUAUGGAGACCCGUACUGCAGAACCACUCAUCAUGAAGCUACUAAAGCAGGCAGCAGAUGAGGGUCUGAUAAGUUCAAGUCAGAUGAUGAAGGGGUUUGUUCGGUUAGCCGAGAGCCUUGAUGACCUUGCCCUUGAUAUUCCUUCUGCCAAAACCUUGUUUAAAUCUUUUGUUCCCCAGGCAAUUUCCGAAGGAUGGCUUGAUGCAUCUUUUCUAAAAUCUCCAGGCAAGGACGAGGAGGCGCCAGACAAAAAUGAUGAAAAGUUAAGGUGCUACAAGGAAGAGGUUGUUACGAUUAUUCAUGAAUAUUUCCUCUCAGAUGAUAUUCCUGAACUGAUUCAGAGCCUGGAUGAUCUUGGGGCACCCGAGUAUAACCCUUUUUUUCUUAAGAAACUUAUCACUCUAGCCAUGGACAGGAAAAACAGAGAAAAGGAGAUGGCAUCUGUUUUACUCUCUGCCCUUCAUAUCGAGAUCUUCUCAACUGAAGACAUGGUCAAUGGAUUUGUUAUGCUUUUGGAAUCUGCUGAGGAUACUGCACUUGACAUUUUAGAUGCUUCAAACGAACUAGCUUAUUUUCUGGCAAGGGCUGUUAUAGAUGAUGUCCUUGCCCCGCUAAAUUUGGACGAGAUUGCCAAUAGGUUGACACCAAAUUGCAGUGGGAGUGAAACUGUGCAUAUGGCUCGAUCGUUGAUAGUAGCUCGUCAUGCUGGGGAGAGGAUCCUGAGGUGUUGGGGUGGCGGGACUGGCUGGGCUGUGGAGGAUGCAAAGGAUAAGAUACAAAAGCUUCUGGAAGAAUACGAAAGUGGGGGUGUUGUUAGUGAAGCUUGCCAAUGUAUUCGAGAUCUCAGUAUGCCUUUCUUCAACCAUGAGGUGGUGAAGAAAGCAUUGGUGAUGGCGAUGGAGAAGAAAAAUGACAGGAUGCUUGAUUUGCUUCAGGAGUGCUCCAGUGAGGGGCUGAUAACUAUCAAUCAAAUGACCAAAGGUUUCGGUAGAAUCAAGGACGGGCUCGAGGAUCUGGCUCUUGACAUUCCGAAUGCAAAGGAUAAGUUCAAAUUUUACGUGCAGCAUGCAAGAGAAAGGGGCUGGCUCUUAUCGUUAUUUGGUUCGCCUGCUUCAGAUGCUACUAGUGCGAAUGCAUCUUGA